AUGCCACCCCACUCCCACGCCCGCCGCCUCGUGCUCUUGCUGCUGCUGGUGCUCUCCACCACGGCUCCCGACCCCGUCUCCUCUUCUUGCGCCGGCGGCGCACGGGACGACGCGGCGAUCGUCGCGGCCGCGUUCCGCCACGUGCGCAACUUCUGGCCGCAGGCCGUGCCGGCAUGCCGGCCCGUCCGCGAGCUGCGCCUCCCGUCGCGGAACCUGACGGGCGCCGUGGCGUGGGCGGCGCUCGCGAACCUCUCCGCCCUCGCCGCGCUCGACCUCUCCGGCAACGCGCUCCAGGGCGCCAUCCCCGGCGGCUUCUGGCGCGCGCCGGCGCUCCGCGCCGUCGACGUGUCGCGGAACCAGCUCGGCGGCUCGCUGCGGGUCGAGCCCAACACGCGGCUGCUGUCCCUCAACGUGUCCGGCAACCGCUUCACCGUCGUCGCGGGCGUCGACGGCCUCCCGGGGCUCGACGCGCUCGACGUGUCCGCGAACAGGAUCCGCGCGGUGCCGCAGGGGCUGAGCCGGCUGACGCGAUUGCGCCGGCUCGACCUCUCCCGGAACGCGAUGCGCGGGAGGUUCCCCGGCGACCUGCCCCCGCUCGAUGGACUCCGCUUCUUGAACGUCUCGUACAACAACCUGUCCGGCGCGGUGAACGCCAGCGCGGUGAAGAGGUUCGGGCCCUCGGCGUUCGUCCACGCCGGCAAUGCUUCGUUGGUGUUCUCGAAGGACUCCCCUGCGCGGCCCAGGCGGCCUCCGCCGCCACCGCGAACAAAUGGAAAGAAGGAUCACGCGAGGACGGCAAAGAGCACGGCAACGAAAAGGAAAAGGAAGAAGCAUCUGGGCGUGGUCGCCGUGGCGAUCGUGUGCGGGGUGGCGUCCGUGAUCGUCCUGCUCUGCUUGGUCGGAUCCGUGGCGUGCGGGGUGGUGAGGUGCCGGAGCAGGAAGCACGGAGACAAGGAGGCGGAGGAGAAGAAGGUGCAGUGGGGCGAGAAGGAAGAAGACGAGGUGGUUGUGGCGGCGGCAGCAGGAAAGGGGGCAUCGGCCGCGCCGGUGGUGCUCUUCGAGCGGCCGCUCAUGGAGCUGACGCUGGCCGACCUCGCCGCGGCCACUUCCGGCUUCGGGCGCGAGUCCCAGCUCGCGGAGCGCGGUGGCCGCAGCGGCGCCGCGUACCGCGCCGUUCUGCCCGGGGACCUGCACGUCGUCGUGCGCGUCGUGGAGGGCGCCAUGGCCGGGGUCGGGGAGGACGACAACCCGGCCGCCGCGGCCGCGGCGUUCCGGGAACUCGCGCGGCUCCGGCACCCCAACAUCCUUCCGCUCAUCGGAUACUGCAUUGCAGGGAGGGAGAAGCUGCUGCUGUACGAGUACAUGGAGAAAGGCGACCUCCACCGGUGGCUGCACGAGCUGGAGCUGCCGGCGGGGCGGCCGGACUUGGACGACACCGGCGGCGACAUCUGGGAGGCGGCGGAGGACAGGCGGUCGAUAUCCGACUGGCCGACGCGGCACCGGAUCGCGCUGGGCGUCGCCCGGGGCCUGGCGUUCCUGCACCAGGGGUGGGCCGGGUCCGGCCGGGCCGUGGUGCACGGCCACCUGGUCCCGACCAACGUGCUCCUCAGCGACGACCUGGAGCCCCGGAUCUCCGACUUCGGGCACCUCAGCGGCGGCGACGGCGACGACAACGCGACGCCGGAAGCGGACGUGUACGGGUUCGGCGCGCUGGUGCUGGAGCUGAUGACGGGGCAGGCGAGGUGGGACGAGGCGUCGGUGAGCUGGGCGCGCGGGCUCGUCCGCGACGGCAAGGGGCUGGACAUCGUGGACCCGCGGGUGCACGGCGGCGAGGCGGCGGAGCGGGAGAUGGUGGAGUGCCUGCGCGUGGGGUACCUGUGCACGGCGCACUCGCCGGACAAGCGGCCGACGAUGCAGCAGGUGGUGGGCGUGCUCAAGGACAUCCGGCCUCGCCCGCUCGACGGCGGCGGCGACGCGUGA